AAUGAGCGAAGAGGUUAAGAUUAAAUGUGUUGUUGUUGGUGAUGGAGCUGUAGGCAAGACAUCUAUGCUUAUGAGUUAUGGACAUGACUCAUUCCCGACAGAGUAUGUACCCACUGUGUUUGAUAAUUAUUCGGCAACUGUUGAGGUUGAUGGGAAAGCUAUUGCUUUGUCCCUGUGGGAUACUGCAGGGCAAGAAGAUUAUGAUAGACUGCGACCAUUAAGUUACCCAGGUACAGACGUAUUCCUGGUCUGCUAUUCUGUUGUGGAUCCAGAAUCUUUUGAAAAUGUGAUGAAGAAAUGGUUGCCAGAGCUAAAGACUAAUGCCCAACCUGUUCCUAUCAUUCUGGUUGGGACAAAGCUAGAUCUAAGAGGAAAUGAAGAAUAUCUGACUGAGAAAGGAAUAACUCCAGUUGAAACUUCACAAGCUGAAAGUAUUAGCUCCAAUUUCAAUGCAUGUGUUGAGACAAGUGCAUUGACUCAAAAGAAUUUGAAAGAAGUAUUCGACACAUCUAUCUUGGCAGUGCUAAAUAAUAAAUUCAAAAAGCCAGAGAGCAAAAAGAAAGUCAAAAUGUGUAGUUUGUUGUAACCAUUUAAAGUACUUACUGUUCAAUACUUUUAUUGGUAGACUUUAGUCGUAAAUGU